CUGGCUUCGAGUUUCUGGGAGUUCCUCCAUCGCCGCGCGCCUGGUCCUUCCCAGCUUCCGUGCUGGUCUGGAUUGUUUACCCGGCCGGGAGGAGACGCGCCGGGCCGAUCACCUGCGGAGGAAAGCUAGCCUCGCAAGCUGAGGUUUACUCCCGGCGUCCCCGCCCCUCCGUUCCGCGAGCUUUGGCCCGACUCAGGCCGCGCCGCCCGCCCGGGGAAGGCGGGGGGCGAUGGUACAGAUGGAGACGCAGCUGCAGAGCAUUUUUGAGGAGGUGGUGAAAACAGAAGUUAUAGAAGAGGCUUUCCCUGGUAUGUUUAUGGAUACGCCUGAAGAUGAAAAAACAAAACUUAUCAGCUGUUUGGGAGCCUUUAGACAGUUUUGGGGUGGUCUUUCUCAGGAGUCUCAUGAACAGUGCAUUCAGUGGAUUGUUAAAUUCAUUCAUGGCCAGCAUAGUCCUAAGAGAAUUUCUUUUCUUUAUGACUGCUUAGCAAUGGCAGUUGAAACUGGCCUUCUUCCACCCAGGAUGGUUUGUGAAUCCCUGAUAAACUCUGACACUCUUGAAUGGGAAAGAACACAGCUUUGGGCAUUAACAUUUCAACUGGUUCGGAAAAUAAUUGGGGGAGUGGAUUACAAGGGUGUUCGGGAUCUCUUAAAAGUGAUUUUGGAAAAAAUCUUAACAAUUCCUAAUACAGUCAGCUCAGCUGUUGUACAGCAGCUUCUGGUAGCAAGAGAGGUUAUAGCAUAUAUCUUGGAAAGAAAUGCCUGUUUAUUACCAGCUUAUUUUGCAGUCACAGAAAUCAGGAAGCUAUAUCCUGAGGGAAAACUACCACACUGGUUACUUGGAAAUCUGGUAUCAGACUUUGUGGAUACCUUCAGGCCCACAGCAAGGAUAAACUCCAUUUGCGGCCGCUGCAGUCUUCUGCCAGUUGUAAAUAACUCUGGUGCUAUUUGUAAUUCUUGGAAAUUGGAUCCUGCGACUCUUCGUUUUCCCUUGAAAGGCCUUUUACCAUAUGAUAAGGAUCUGUUUGAACCACAGACUGCUUUGUUGAGAUAUGUUUUGGAGCAGCCUUAUUCCAGGGAUAUGGUCUGCAAUAUGCUAGGUUUAAAUAAGCAGACCUUGAACAUUGCUCAGCACAAGCAGCGCUGCCCUGUGCUGGAGGACCAGUUGGUGGAUCUGGUGGUUUAUGCCAUGGAGCGAUCUGAGACUGAGGAGAAGUUUGAUGAUGGGGGAACGAGCCAACUCCUGUGGCAGCAUCUCUCCAGUCAGCUCAUUUUCUUUGUGCUUUUCCAGUUUGCAAGUUUUCCACAUAUGGUCCUUUCUCUUCAUCAGAAGUUAGCAGGGAGAGGACUUAUUAAAGGCAGAGAUCAUCUGAUGUGGGUUCUUCUGCAAUUCAUUUCUGGAAGUAUUCAGAAAAAUGCACUAGCUGAUUUUCUCCCUGUUAUGAAGCUCUUUGACCUUCUGUACCCUGAAAAAGAAUGUAUCCCAGUUCCUGAUAUUAACAAGCCCCAGUCAACUCAUGCCUUUGCAAUGACUUGUAUUUGGAUUCAUCUCAAUAGAAAAGCCCAAAAUGACAACUCCAAGCUACAGAUUCCCAUACCUCAUUCCCUAAAGCUUCACCAUGAGUUCUUACAGCAAAGUCUGAGAAAUAAAAGUUUACAGAUGAAUGACUAUAAGAUUGCCCUCUUGUGUAAUGCAUACUCCACAAAUUCAGAAUGCUUUACAUUGCCUAUGGGAGCUCUGGUAGAAACUAUUUAUGGGAAUGGGAUCAUGCGGAUACCUCUCCCUGGAACGAGCUGUUUGGCGUCAGGAUCUAUCACUCCAUUACCAAUGAACCUUCUGGAUUCACUCACAGUUCAUGCCAAGAUGAGCCUUAUUCACAGCAUUGCAACCAGGGUGAUAAAACUUGCUCAUGCAAAGUCCAGUGUGGCCUUGGCUCCAGCUCUAGUGGAAACGUACAGUCGCUUAUUGGUCUAUAUGGAAAUAGAAUCUUUGGGCAUCAAGGGAUUUAUCAGCCAGCUUCUACCAACCGUUUUCAAGUCUCACGCCUGGGGAAUCUUACACACACUUCUCGAGAUGUUCAGCUACCGCAUGCACCAUAUUCAGCCUCACUACAGAGUUCAGCUCCUGAGUCAUCUUCAUACUUUGGCUGCAGUUGCACAAACAAACCAGAACCAGCUCCAUCUUUGUGUUGAGAGCACUGCCCUCAGGCUUAUAACAGCAUUGGGGAGCUCGGAGGUCCAGCCACAGUUUACCCGCUUCCUUAGCGAUCCCAAGACAGUGCUGUCGGCGGAAUCUGAAGAACUGAACCGGGCCUUGAUACUGACCUUAGCUAGAGCAACUCAUGUAACAGACUUUUUUACAGGCUCGGAUUCAAUCCAGGGAACCUGGUGUAAAGACAUACUUCAGACCAUCAUGAGUUUUACUCCUCAUAAUUGGGCUUCACACACCCUUAGCUGUUUUCCAGGCCCACUACAGGCCUUCUUCAAACAAAAUAAUGUACCUCAGGAAAGCCGUUUUAAUCUGAAAAAGAAUGUGGAGGAGGAGUACAGGAAAUGGAAGUCAAUGAGCAAUGAAAAUGACAUCAUUACCCACUUUUCUAUGCAAGGCUCUCCUCCUCUCUUCCUUUGUCUUCUCUGGAAAAUGCUCUUGGAAACAGAUCAUAUUAAUCAGAUUGGCUACAGAGUACUGGAGAGAAUUGGAGCUAGGGCCUUGGUAGCCCAUGUGAGGACAUUUGCAGAUUUCCUGGUAUAUGAGUUCUCCACAUCAGCUGGAGGUCAGCAACUCAACAAAUGCAUUGAGAUUCUUAAUGACAUGGUAUGGAAGUACAACAUUGUUACAUUGGACAGAUUAAUUCUCUGCCUGGCCAUGCGUAGUCAUGAAGGAAAUGAAGCUCAAGUUUGUUAUUUCAUAAUUCAGUUGCUGUUACUCAAGCCAAAUGAUUUUAGAAAUCGAGUAAGUGACUUUGUGAAGGAAAAUUCCCCAGAGCAUUGGCUACAGAAUGACUGGCAUACGAAGCACAUGAAUUAUCACAAGAAAUAUCCAGAGAAGCUGUAUUUUGAGGGCCUGGCGGAACAGGUUGAUCCUCCUGUACAGAUCCAGUCCCCCUACCUGCCCAUCUAUUUUGGAAAUGUGUGUCUCCGAUUCCUUCCAGUAUUUGAUAUAGUAAUACACAGAUUUUUAGAGUUGCUUCCAGUAUCCAAAUCACUGGAGACCCUACUGGAUCACCUUGGAGGCUUAUAUAAAUUUCAUGAUCGUCCAGUGACUUAUUUGUAUAAUACUCUACACUAUUAUGAAAUGCAUUUGAGAGAGCGUCCGCAUCUCAAACGUAAACUUGUCCAUGCGAUCAUUGGUUCUCUCAAGGAUAAUCGACCACAGGGCUGGUGUCUGAGUGACACUUACCUGAAGUGCGCCAUGAAUGCACGAGAAGACAACCCUUGGAUCCCUGAUGACUCCUACUAUUGCAGGCUGAUUGGCAGACUAGUAGAUACGAUGGCUGGCAAAUCUCCUGGCCCAUUCCCAAACUGUGACUGGAGGUUCAACGAGUUUCCCAACCCAGCUGCUCAUGCCCUGCAUGUCACUUGUGUGGAGCUCAUGGCCUUGGAUGUUUCAGGCAAAGAUGUUGGGAAUGCCCUUCUGAAUGUUGUCCUAAAGAGUCAGCCUUUAGUGCCACGAGAGAACAUCACUGCAUGGAUGAAUGCAAUUGGAUUGAUCAUCACUGCCCUACCAGAACCAUAUUGGAUUGUCCUUCAUGAUCGAAUUGUGAGUGUGAUCAGCAGUCCCAGCUUGACAUCUGAGACAGAGUGGGUUGGCUAUCCAUUCCACCUUUUUGAUUUCACGGCUUGUCAUCAGUCCUACUCAGAGAUGAGCUGUAGCUAUACGUUAGCUCUAGCACAUGCUGUGUGGCACCAUUCGAACAUUGGGCAACUUUCUCUAAUUCCAAAGUUUCUCACCGAAGUACUUCUUCCUAUAGUGAAGACUGAAUUUCAGUUGCUUUAUGUGUACCAUCUUGUAGGACCAUUUUUACAAAGAUUUCAGCAAGAGAGAACUCGGUGUAUGAUAGAGAUUGGUGUGGCAUUUUAUGACAUGCUGCUGAACGUGGACCAGUGUAGCACCCAUUUGAAUUACAUGGAUCCCAUCUGUGACUUCCUCUAUCAUAUGAAGUAUAUGUUUACUGGUGACAGUGUAAAAGAGCAAGUGGAGAAGAUUAUCUGUAAUUUAAAACCAGCUUUAAAGCUUCGUCUUCGGUUCAUCACACACAUCAGCAAGAUGGAGCCAGCUGCAGUGCCCCCACAGGCCAUGAACAGUGGGUCCCCAGCACCCCCAUCUAACCAGGUGCCUGUGUCUCUGCCAGUGACUCAGUGAAGCCAGGGCGUGCUGCGGCGAAAACAGAGCUCCAUCCAUCUCUGAAAGUGGACUCAGAAUCUGUUAAAUCUGAACAUGAUCUUGCUACGUAGUGAUGUAGUAGAAGAGGCAGUGGUGUUCAGAUUGUUUCAUUUUGAUUCGAAUGGUGAAUCUGUUGACACCUGUAACUCCUGUCUCCCUGUCUAUAUUUUGGUCUCUAAGAGACCAGUUAAGCUACAUCUUGUUUGUAUCCUUUACAAUUUAUUAGAGCUCCCUAGGAACAUAGAGAUAUCUCUGAUCAAUGACUUUUACUAGGCAUUCUUGGUCUUGCCUGUUCUAGCCAUUGUUUUUGUUCUUAUUUUUUAUUAUUAAUGACAGAUUCAGUCUCUAAAUAGGUUGUUUUAAAAGCACCACACAGGUAAAAUAGUUAAUUAUUACAAAAUUUCUUUAUGCAUAAAUCUCCUUUUUGUGUCUUUGAAAUGAUAGAGAUUUUUAUUAGGUCAAGGACACUAGAUUUCAUUGCAUUAUAAGAACAAACACAUUUUUAUAUUCUUUUAAAAUGGCUUAAAAUUUUAUUGUUAGCUACCAAGUAAAUGGUCUGAUAUUUCUGUCAAGGUAGGUUGGUAAUGUUUUGCCUUUGUUGUGAGCUUGAACUUCUGGAUGGAAUGAAUUGGAAGUCAUGUAUGGAAUUAACAUCUCUGGAAGUGCAUAGACUUAAAUAAAAUCGUGGUUCUCCAAUCUCUGUUUUAAAAAGCAGAUGACUUUUCUAGAGUCACACUCACAUCUGGAAAAUGAUGUGAUGAUUGUUUGAAUUUUUAUAAUAUCAAAAUUAAAAUAUUUAUAUAUUUAA